GGAUCAGGAUUUUCCAUAGAUAAGGCUCGUCAGGAAUUCACAAAUGGUGUAAUGGCAGAUAGAAAUGUGCAGGCCGCUGCCACCGCCGCCACAACGGCAGCUGCAGGAGCCGCGUUCCAGCAGGCAACCCAAGGACGUUUCUAA